GCGGCACAGCGGCAAUGAAACCGCAAGCGAUUGGUCCACCAUCAACACAAGCAAGUUAGAAACAAUGGUCUUGUUCACCGAGCGUGAAAAAUGACAGUGUGGACUUAAUAUGAACAACAAAGGACCUGAAUUUACUUCCAGUGUACUUGAACUGAUUUACAUGCACUAAUAGGUUAUGCUAAUGCUAAUACAAUCGAGUUUACUAUGUGAGAUCAUCGGUUCCUUUGUAUUCGCGAAUUUCUCAGCGAGUUCUUUUGUUCCGUGCACGUGAGCAUACAUGUUAGCACCUCUGUUUCAAAUAUAUUUCUCACGUUCUCAUUGGUCCCGAUAUAAAUUUUCCACGCUGUGAUUGGUUGUUUGUUAAUAGGACACAUGAGACGUAAGGGGUAUUUAAAUAUUCGCGGUUGAUGAAAGUCAGGGUUUUUAGUGACAGCGUAUUUUUCCUGCUAACAGAGGUCUGUGAACUUAGAGCGCUCUUUUGUCGAUUUUCUUGCCAUAGGAAAGCAGCUUAAGGCCGUCUCUUGCCCUCAACGAUCAACUGAACGCAAAGUUGCUCCUGAAAGCCUUCUUCUUUAUCACGAGAAGAUAAAAUGCCUCCAGGAACAAAGAAAAGAAAGACAGAGGACUGUUGCCAUGGAAAUUUUAUCAGUGGUAGUCCACGCUAUGUGACAAGACUCUUUCUCAGAGAACGACGUGCGAGUGGAAUUGAAAGUAUAGGCCCUUACUUUGGUAGUCUGCCUCCGGAGAUGUUAAACCUUUUGUUCUCUUAUCUUGACGCCCCAGCAUUGUCAUCCUUAGGAGCUUCUUGCCGAGUUCUAGACUCUUAUGCCAAACGCAUGUGGAAACCUUUGUGUACAAGACUUGGCCUUACUCACAAACCCACAGUAUUAUGUGUUGCAAAUCCUUUGAGUGAAGCAUCCACGUUUUCAUAUGAUAAGGCAGUUGAACUUUGUAGAGGUGAGAAACAUUGGGAAAUAAUGGCAAUGCGGAGUUGGUUGUACUCUAAGUGGAGGUGUGUGGUGUGUUAUCGUAACUGCUCCCACAGGGUGGAUGUCCAUUUUGAUGUGACUCUCUGUGAUGGUUGUCAUCCUUUGUUUUACAGACGCAAAUGCCACGCCAAGGAGCAAUUCAGUCUGACAGAAAGAGAUCUCAGGACUAUAGACAAUGACUCUUAUGAAUUCUUAGUAUCUGACCUCAUAACUAUUGCCAGAAGAAAAUAUGGCAGUAGGGAAGCACUACAAGAGAGACUAAACCACAGACAACGACUGAAGAACAUGAGAGAAGCCGAGAAACAGUGCGCCUUGGUUCAAAGGGAGAGAGAAGUUUUAAGGGCACUGGAAACCUUGAAUAGCUCAUACAGUGAAAUAGAAACUGUUGAUGCGCGUUGUAUGCCGUAUGUUAGCACUCCGGCAAGCUAUCAGUACCAUCCACAGCAAUCUGCAGAGGAUGCUGCUAAAUGGCUCAUUGGGUGGAAGAACCGACAGGAGACGCGACACAAGUUGUUGAUGGCAGAAAUUGAGGCAAGGUCAUCACGAUGCAAAGGCUGCAGAGCACGCUAUGAUUACCGAUCUCUCUCCAGGCUGCCCUCAGCAACAAAGUGCACACAUGUUCUAGAAGAGAAUGCAGCAAAGUUGAUGGAAGCAAUUAAGGACAACUUUCACCACGACAUUGUUCAUUACACUCGGCACGGACAGUUGUCGAUGGAGACAGGCGUGUAUGACAUGGAACAUCGUUCAGCUCAAGAGCUCUUCUUGAGGAAUGAGAGAAGAACAAAGUUGAUGGAGGAACUGAAUGCUAAGAAAGCUGAAUGGCCCUCCAUUCUAAAUGGACAGAAAGAUGCAAUGAACUGUAACUACGCCCAAGAUUUCAUCUACAAGGGUGUCGCUGUAAUGGACAGCGAUGGAAAUAAGUGUCGUCUGCGUAAUGCCAAGGAUGUAGCCAGGGUGAUUUUGGCGAAGGCUCAUGGAUGGGAUUCAAGAUAUACAGAAGUGAUGAACGAGUUGGAAAAGAAGGGAUUUGUUCCGCCAUUUGACAAGCUGAAACUCGAGGGCCAUUUGUUACUGGAUGACUUUGUUGAGAGCUCUGUAGUGGUUCAUGGUGACAACAUCAUUGCUUGCUCUGCUGUUGAAGUCGCUGACAGAAUAGCAGUGAUUGAAGGUUUAGAAGAGGAGCAGAAGUCCUCGGCAGCACUAAGAUGUGCCCGGAUUUAUGCAGAAUGCAAUCGAAAACCUGGUAAGUUACUGCUAAGAAUGGUCAAGUAUAGAUGUCACCUCCCAAAACCCCCUUGGCCAAGUCUCGGCUGUCAUUCUGCAUGGGUUGCUUGCAGUUAUAGCUAUCACUCUCAUUUGCUCGUAGUUAGUGUUCAUUUGUUGGUUAGGGCAAUCAAGUAAUUAACAUCUAAUUAACAUCUAAAUAACUAACAACUUCUGAGGAAAAUAUAUUUAACUCCUGCAUGAAAUAGUUUAUUAAUAAGGGAAUGGGGUUCUGGUGGGCGGCAUCUAAUGUUGACCAAAUAUAACUUAAGGUGGCCGAACACAGUUUUCGCGCACACUUUUGCUGAUGCAAUUCAGCGCGCGUACAAGGAUU